AUGAGAACAAAUAGUAAUGGAAAUUACCCAAACUAUAGCAACAAUAACUCCUCUUUUAAAUCCACAAGUGGGCAACCCUCUUAUUCAAGUUCAAUUGGCAAAAACUAUAAUAAUAGCAGCAGCGGAGUGUCCUCAGUACUCUAUGGGAAUUAAAAUCCUUCACAGUAAAAUUUGAGAUAGCCCAGUCGACAAUAAAUCAACUGGCAAGAGGAGGAGGAGAAAAAAUAAUACCAAAAUUAAAGCAGCAUAUACACAUAACAACAGCUAAUGCAAUAGCAAUAGUUGAAAGAGGCACAGGCAAGUUUUAAGAUAGGAAGUCUGACCAGUAAUCCGAUCGCUCAAGGCAAUAGCUUUGGUGACUAUUACGGCAACACUAAAAAGUUUGAGAAAACACCUGAAGAUGAGUAAUAUAGUAAAAGCUACAAGCAAUCGUCUUCAUUGAAUGAAAAACCUAGUUAGAGUAGUUUUUCGCAGCAUUAAACUUCAGGAUCAAUGAUUUCAUCAUCUGCUUCUAAGAAAGCAGGACCUCCUCCAGGCUUAAGAAACAUUGGAAACACUUGUUUUAUGAAUUCUAUACUUCAGUGUGUAUUCGCAACACCAUAUCUGAAUGACUUCUUCUUAACUGAGUAUUCUAAGUCAAGCUAAUAUCGAAGCGCAAGACUAGCAGAUGCUUACAACUCUCUGAUUAAAUAAGUUAAGCAGGGGUAUGAAUCGACUAUCUCACCUACAGACUUGAAAUAUGCUGUUUCUAAAGUAGCUCCUUAGUUUUCUGGAUAUGGACAAUAAGACGCCUAGGAGUUUUUGAGAUUUUUCCUAGAUGGCUUGCAUGAAGAGUUAAAUAGAGUAAGGAAGAAGCCGCCCUAUAAAGAGAUGGAUUUCGAUAAAUUGCCUGCAGACUAAUAAAGUGAUAAUUGGUGGUAGUAUAACAAGGAGAGGGAUGACUCUAUUAUCACAGAUCUAUUCACUGGUCAACUUAUGAAUAAAAUAGAGUGUUAGAGUUGCAAUCAUUGCAGUUACGCAUUUGAUAAUUUCAUGGAUCUAAGUAUUUCAAUUCCAAGAAAAGGAGUUAAGAUUACGGGCUAUGUAGACCUAAAAGAUUGUCUUAAAACCUUCAUUCAGCCAGAGAGAAUGGAAGAGUGCGGCUAUAAAUGUUAAAAGUGCAAAAAGGUUGAUAACUUCAACAAGGAAAUGACUGUCUACAGGUUUCCAAAGAUCAUGGUCAUACAUCUGAAGAGAUUCUACAACAGUUACAUGCGAAGAGAAAAGCUCAACACUACAGUCAAUAUACCUACAACAGUAGAUCUAUCAGAAUUUGCACCAAAUUCAAAGCAUGACUCAAAAAGAAAAGCCAAAUAUCAGUUGUACGGGGUGUCUCAUCACAGUGGCACUCUUUAUGGCGGACAUUACAUUGGGUAAGCAGGACAGAUGAUAUUGAUAAUUUUCUAUAGAGAAAUAUAUAACCUAGACGAUGGGAAGUGGUAUCAAUGCAACGACUCUUGGGUAAAGUAGUGUACUCCUGAUUUGCAGAGUUCCUCGGCCUAUGUACUCUUCUACGUGAUGAUGUGA